GUUGCAGAUUUGUUGUCUUUGUGUAAAGGAGUGGAGCUCGAUCUCACAUCACUCUUCCCUCUUCCCCGAGUCCUUUCUAAACUCUCCCCCGGGUUUCUACCCUCCCGAACCUCUCCCCUUCUACCCUUACAACCCCAACCCUCCCCCCGAUCACUUACCAGCGCUCGAAUCGGAUCCAUCUCAGUGACCAAAGACCCCCCAGUUCUGUACCGACGACUGAGUUGCUGUUGCCGUUAUGGACUCCGGUGUGAUUGAAGGCGGGCUCAAUGUCACCCUUACCAUUAGGCUGCUCAUGCAUGGCAAGGAAGUUGGAAGUAUUAUUGGGAAGAAAGGUGAAUCUGUGAAGAAGAUGAGAGAAGAGAGCGGGGCUCGUAUCAACAUCUCUGAGGGCAAUUGUCCUGAGAGGAUCAUUACUUUGGCAGGUCCAACCACUGCCAUCUUUAAAGCGUUCUCCAUGAUCAUUGAGAAGUUAGAAGAGGAUAUAAGCAGUUCAAUGACAAACAGCACAGCCACCAGCAAGCCCCCAGUGACCCUACGCAUUGUGGUGCCUGCCAGCCAGUGCGGUUCCCUCAUUGGGAAAGGCGGCUGCAAGAUCAAGGAAAUCCGAGAGUCAACCGGUGCUCAGGUACAAGUGGCAGGAGACAUGCUCCCCAACUCCACGGAGCGUGCCAUCACUAUCGCUGGCACUCCGCAGUCAAUAAUUGAGUGUGUAAAGCAGAUCUGUGUGGUCAUGCUUGAGUCUCCCCCUAAGGGGGUCACUAUCCCCUACCGACCCAAACCUUCAGGAUCCCCCGUCAUCUUUGCAGGCGGACAGGCCUAUGCCGUACAAGGACAGCACGCGAUUCCACAGCCAGAUUCUUCCUCUGCUGCUAUCUCUCCACAGCUCACCAAGCUUCACCAGCUGGCUAUGCAGCAGAGCCCCUUCCCCAUCGCACCAAGCAACCAGGGAUUUACUGGAAUAGAUGCUUCUGCUCAGACCAGUUCUCAUGAGAUGACCAUUCCAAAUGAUCUUAUUGGGUGCAUCAUCGGCCGCCAGGGAGCCAAGAUCAAUGAGAUCAGGCAAAUGUCGGGUGCCCAGAUCAAGAUUGCAAAUCCAGUGGACGGAUCAACUGACCGCCAAGUUACCAUCACAGGCUCACCGGCCAGCAUCAGUCUGGCAGAGUACCUCAUCAACGCCAGGCUUUCCUCUGAGGCCACAGGACUGGCAGCCAACUGAUAAGACACUGCAUCUGCACUAAAUCUCACUUUUAUAUCAUCGGCUACCAUAAAGCAGUCAAUGCAACUAUCCACCUUAAGAGUUUAUAUAUUAUGCCGCCUCUUCCUCAUUUAAAAUCAUGUCACCGCCCCCUUUGCCACCGAUUUGAUUCUCUUGAGUUCAUUAUUUAUUUUCUUUGUUUUUCUUUUUUUCCUUUUUGUUUUUAUUUUAGUGAGACGAAGAAACAACAGUUACAUUUUUAAUUCCCCCCCUUCUUUGAGUCGAGGUUUUAAUAAUUUGUAAUAUUCAUUUAUCUUCUUUUCAUGAUGAAUUUCCCGCUCCCUUCCCGUUUUCUUUAUUUGCCAUCGCAGAGGAGUAGAGUUGAAGAAACUCUGAAUAGGCAUAUAGAUUUAGUUCUGUACAGUCAAGUUUUUUUUUCUUUAAAAAGGAAAAAGACAAAAAAAAAGGUAUCAAAAGUAAGAAUAGAGUGACUGUUUUAUUCUGUUUAUAUACGGCCCGUUUUUUUUUUUUUUUUUUUUUUUCUUUCCUCUCCCAGCUCCACUGGUCCAUUUCAUGUUCAUAUUUACUGGCUUUGAGUAAACACAGCAUCCUCCCACUUUGUCACCUCUCCUAUUAAAGUGCUUGUAACACGGAUUACACUUGUAUCACCGACGAGAACACGUAGUUGUACAUGCACUGUCACCGAUUAUAUUUGGUCACAAAUGUCCUAACACUCCCAACUAAAUGAAUCCAGAUAAUUUAAAAUGUCUAGUGUGUCAUACACCUUUUUUUUCUCCCCUCCACAUGUAAUUCCUGUUUUUUUUUUUUUUGUUGUUUUUUUUUUUUUACCCCGCCCUCCUGGUCCUCUGAGAUCAUGUGUUGAUAUUUUGCUGGGUUGGGAGGUUUUCGGGGUAUGGCCUCACCUCAAGGGACAUGAAGCAGAGGGUUGUCCUCGCUUUUUUUGUAAAGACUGAUAUAUACUAAAAAAAAAAAAUUGUUUUAAAUGGAGGAAAUAUUUUUUUUUAAUCUACCAAAGGGGGGUGGGAGGGUGGGGGGGAUUAACUCCUGGACACUGACUGAUCUGUCUAUUAAAUGUGAUGAGGCUGAGAACUGAAAUCGCUGAUGCUCUGGAACUAGACAAAGAAAGGGUUGCGAGUUAACACUAGUUUCCUGCUCUUUGCUUUUGCUCAAGUCAGAAUUUAUUUUAUUGUUUAUUUUGCA